CCCAUGGACAACCAAAACUACCGAGUACCAACUUACACAGACAGUCAGAUACAGGUAUUUAAACACAAAGAGAUGAGAAUGCCAUACCAGAAAGGUAGUUAUAGACUGUAAAAUUUACACAAAAAGCAGCAGCUAGUGCAUACCAAGUUAAAAUGUUGCUCGAUUUCGAGGUACUCCGGGAGGGGGUUCAACUGGGGUUCAACCCCUGCAGUCAAGGGUUCAACUUGUCUUGGCACCGGAACACCCAGCACCGAAUAGUAUCUCCGGCCUCAAAUUUUAGCAGAAAUGCCAAAUCAGGAAAUGAUACUCGAAAAUCGAGAGCAACCGGAAUAAAUAAUCAUUAGUUCAAAGGCCACAAGAUAGAAAACUCAGCUCACACCACCACAACGUAAGGUAGCUGACCGCUCCAGAGGCUGCAAUGCGAGAGAGGGCUGGCCUACAGACGCUUGCCACAACCCCGAGAAACUCCCAGUCGUGAAUCAAAACAAAAUCGAUAGAACCACACAAACUGACAACUGCCUACAGAGAAUCUGGUCGAGUGUCUGCAAGAGCCCUGAAAUAAGAUGGCCGAAGACGGUCGUGGCGCACAUGGUCCUCCAGGGACCUUGUGGCCGAAGAGUAUAAGAUGGCAUCACCACCAUGGCGCAAUAUCUCGCACAAUUUAACAUUCUCCUACCAAGUAGACUGAGAUAUACUACCAAAGAGUCAUACUAGUGACAAUAACGCCAAUUCCCGACCAACAGUUCUGGUGACCAUUGAAACUGAGACCCACUGACCGUGACUGGUGAGUACCUGGAAACACCCCUAAACACACUGGAGAUCAGACAAUGGGAGGGGAAUCUCUCGUUCAUGGGACGUCCUGGUCGACCCUGUCAACCCAUGCCUCGACUUCACCCCCAAGUCUACACUGUCGCAACCAAAUCGAUGUAGAGCCCCAGAUCCUAGCUCUUACUACCGUCCUCGGCACAACAGAACUUGUGGAAGCCAUCAUGCUCCAGCUGGACAUGAGAUCCCUCAUCAAGGUUCAGCAAGUCUGCCAACGAUGGAAACAGAUAAUCACCCACUCCAUCCAACUCCAACAAGCACUCUACAUCGAACCGUCAAAAGCCCACGCCAAAAUCCGCACAACAAACCCACUCAUCGAAGAGAUAAUACUACCCCAACUAUUAUUACGGUCGAGGAAUUUCAUAAUACCGGGUAAAUACCCAAAUUUCGAGCCUUGUUUCCGCAAAGAAGCGAGCUGGAGGAAGAUGCUUCCUCAACAAACACCCACGUCCACAAUUGGAGUGAUUGAGAUUGUGCGCCAUGAGAAAUACAGAUUCACAAAGCUGGCAGUCGAGCCUGAAUCCCUGAGAAUGGAACACCUCCUCGACGCCAUGGAGAACGGGGUUCUCAUGCCCACUCCCAACAACCGGGUAUUCUGGACGACCGUCGCCCGAUCCCUCAAUUUCGAGAUAUGGGGACAGAAUUGGGUACAGACCAAGAGUCCUCUUCCCGACGGGAUGCCAUGGAUACCGGCGAAUGUGGACUGGGACACUCUGCGACUAGGUGUGGCGUCCAUGUGCCUUGAGCAAUCUGGCUGUGACUUUGUCAUCAUAUCCGAAUGGCCGCAACGCCUAUUCCAGGAUGACAUGUGUCCCUGCCAGACGACAAUUCUAGAUCGUUGGCUGGAGAGUACAUUUGGGAGAUGUGAGGUUCUUAUUGCUCGCGAAGAGGCGAGCCAUACGUAUGCUUUCAAGGAGGGGAACGUUCCAGUGCUGAGGCAGUUGUGUGAGCAAUGUUGUCGGAGACGCUUUGCUAGAAGGUUGUUUAUUCCAUGAAUACCGGGAAACGAGAUAUGACACGUACAUAAGCCCUCCACAACUGAUUACACAAGCAAAGCACUAUAAAUCGUUACCAUCCCGUAAAAUACAGAAUCAAGUCUGCCUCGCGGGUAUUGCGGGCACAUAGGCGCCGGGAUAGAACAGGCUUGGAGAGUUCUUCUACCAUCCUCUCCAAAAUUGGACUCAGAUAAUGGAUUCAAUGCAGUCAUGAUAUUGUUAACGAGAAGAACGUCUAUUCACAAAGUACCCAAAAACUUGAGAUACUAGGACAAAGGCACAUGCAGUUUUAGUUCAACUAGAGACCAAGGAAAGAUGGGAAAGAUCACCUAGCCCCAACUGAGAUCCAAAUCAAG